GGUCAUACGUUAUAUACACGAUUGAGGGAGCGUGUGGGAUUACUUUCCCUCCACCCAGGCCCAUCCAACCUUCCCCCACCAUAAAUACGACCUUUCCGACUGUACUUUUGGAAAAAGCUUUUCGCCCCCGCUCCAUUGCUUUAUUCUGCUCCGUGACAUUAACUCCUCGGUCGAUCCUGGGCGAGGACGAGGAACCCAGGAGAACUGGAGCUAGGGUUUCUAUCGCCCUCCGAAUCAUUUCUCCCAGAUCUGCUCCUACCAAUAUUAUGAUGCAAGGGAAGUCUCUUUUGAAUCCAUAUGCCACUCCCUAUGUGCCUCUCUCAAAGGUUAUUGCUGGAGUAAGUUUUGAAAGAGGGAAUAAGGCCACCCAGGAGAUAUUGGGUGAUGCUGAAAACAAGGAAGUCAUUGAGAAGUCUGCAGACUACCAGCUAGCAGACUCUGAUUCUGUGGAUUAUGACGUCCAGCACUUAGGGAAUCUUGAAGCUUCCAAUGAGUCAUCCAGAAAGAUUGGUGACCCGUGGAAUUCUGAUGACACUUUCCAAGAUGUGAUUCCUUUAAGUAAGAAGCAAAGUGUGAUGGAUGAUCCCAAUCUGAUAAUGGAUUUGCUCUCAUCCUUGUUUCCCAAUAUUUCUAUAGAAUCACUUGCUGAAUUGUUGAAUGCAAAUCAUGGUGAUCUGAAUCAGACAAUCGAUGUGCUGGAGCAGCUUGAGUAUGAAGGUGAUGAGGUGGAGAACUCUGCUGAAACUUCUGAGACUAGCAACAGUUUGGAUGAUCCUUCCGGGAGAGCUAAUGCAAGCGGGAUAAGCAGUUCAAUUUGAUCUGCCCAAAGGGGUCAAAAGUUUGACCAUCUAUAUAUAGUGCAUUCUGUAGAGGUUAUGCUGAGGGUGUUAUCAGUCUCUCUUGGAGAAGGAGAUGGGCUCUUCGCAGAGGGUGAUGGAGACCGAGACUUUGUAGUGGUGGAAAUCUAUGAGCUUCCGGCAUUGAGGAUGGCAGGUUGCCGGAGUUUAGACAUCCGGCGGGGUCAUGGAUGAAGUGGCGGAGGUGGAAACCGGGUAAAUGCUUCUUCUUAAAAUGUAGACCUUACUACAGGCGUCCGCAUACAUCAUUCUAUGCGGAUUUACCCGAUAGAAACAUUAUGCGGAACUUCUCAUUUCCCAUUUCCCUGUCCGCAUUGUCCAACUUAUGCGGAGGCCUAUAUAAAUAUUUCUAUGCGGAUUUGCUUAUCGCAGAGAACUUUUAUGCGAACAUCUCAUUUCCGCGUAUAGCUUCCAUGCAGUCUUUGUUC